AUGUUUUUGUAAGCCAUAAAGGUAAAGGAAAGUAGGUAUUGUAAAUAAUAAUGAAGAUUGGAUUCUAUUCAAUUAAAAUAAAGUCCAAAAAUACCUCGUCAACACACACCAGAAGGAUUGAGUAAGAUAGGAUUGUUUAACAGCACUUUUUUUAAAGGAAAAAAAUCUGUUGAAAAGAAAAAGUAAAGUACAGAGGUAGAUCAAAGAAGACCUUUAUCCUCAUUUUAAAGGAUUAUAAAACCAGCUUUUUAUAAAAAUGUUUUUACAACUUAAUAUAUUGUAAUGUAUAACAUAAAAAAAGAUAGUUUUUUUGUGAAAAUGGAAAUAAUGGUAAUUUGGUGAGGAGAAUUUUACAAGGUAGAGGAUGGUUUGGUGAAUAAUCAACAAGUUAUAAGUACGCUAAUCAAUAAAUAUUUCAAGUGUGAAUUUUAUUUGGAGACAAUCAAAUAAAGGCUUUAAUUAUUCAACUCUAACAUCAAAGAGUAUUUGUAUAAACCAUUUGGAGCAUCAUCAUGAAAUUUCUAAUAAAAACAAAUUACAUGCAAAUUUAAAAACAUUUUGUUAAAGAACAAAUAAGAAAAUGGAUGAUUUUGUACCUGUAACUUUCAUAAUCAAUUUGGAUUCAACAACAUUGCAAAAUGAUUUAAAAAGAUUUGUCGAUUAUUUCAUUGAAAUUAAAAAAGACAAACUCUAAAAAAAUAUUUGGUUACUCAAACCACCUGAUUUAAAUAGAGGCAGAGGGAUUUAACUCUUCUCUGAUUUAAAAAUCUUGGUCAAUUAAAUAAUUGAAUUUUGUAAAACAAAGAAUGUUAACAAUGAAACUAAGACAAUAUCUAAAACUGCUAAAAUUUUAACUAUAAUUUAUCCAGAAGUUAAUGAAAGUAAAACAAAGAUUCAUUUUUUUAGUUACUGGAUAAGCUUAAAUAGAGUUUACAAUAAAUUAAACUACAAGUUAAGAUAGAGUAAUUGUUUUAUAAAAGUAUCUUGAAACGCCUCUUUUGUAUAAUGGAAGGAAAUUUGAUUUUCGAGUUUGGGUUUUAAUUGAUCACACUAGCAAAUAUUAUUUUUUUAAGGAAGGGUAGAUAUGUUAAUAUUAAUUUAGUUAUUUGCGAUUAGCCACUGAGUUUUUUGAUAUUAAUAAUCUAAAGUCAUUAUAUAUACAUUUGACUAAUAAUGCCAUUCAAAAAAACCAUCCUCAUUAUUGUAAAUACGAAUUAGGAAAUUAAUUAAGUUUACUAGACUUCUAAUAGUAUUUAACAUCAUAAAAAAACACCAUAAUAACUUCAGUAGGGAUUGUAUCAAAAAUGAAAGAACUUAUUCAUUAAACAAUUUUCUGUGCUAGUUCUAAAUUGCAAAACAGUUGAUUUAUUAAAUUUAUUUUAGAUAACAAGGAUUUUCAAUUUGAAAUUUUUGGAUAUGAUUUUAUGAUCGAUAAUAAUGGAAAAAUAUGGUUAAUUGAAAUAAAUACAAAUCCAUGUAUUGAAGAGAGUAGUCCAUUAUUAUAGAAAUUGAUUCCUCGUAUGUUAAGUAGUAUUUAAAUUAAUCUAGAUGACGCAUUUAGAUUAACUAUAGAUAAAAUUUUUUCUCCUUUCAAAACAUCAUAAGAAAACUUUCUGAAUAAUCUACAAGAGUUUUGUAUUCCAGGCUAUAGUGAUUAAGAUAAUCUUUGGGACUACAUGGGCUAAAUUUGA